UGACAAUGCGGUUAAGAUUUAAGCAUGGUGUAAUUUAGUCAACAAUUGAUGAAACUAACAUUUGUAUUUAAUUUUUAAAAUUUGACUGUAACUGUGUGGUGUUGCAAUGUGGUCAUUUUCGCGGAGAAUUCUAUCACAUAAUAGAAUAAUCAAUCGAAAUCUGCUGCGAAGGAAUGAUUCGUUGGUUGGAUUUAAUACUAAGCCAUGUUUCACACGAGGAAAACAAGAUGAUUCAAAUAAUGAGUCGUUUAGAGUUUCGCGUUUAUUUGCACCAAGCAAACCCAAGGGUAGUGAUGAUGCUUUAUUGGGUGCUGAACUCACCGGUAAAAUAGAAAAGUCCGACGUUUUAAAGGUCAUAAACAAAUUCUCACAAAAGCGGGAGAAUCGAAGUCUUUGCGAAGAUUACGGUCUGGAUGAAUAUAUCCAGGAGAAAUCAUUUUCCAGUUUUCGUCAAUAUUGUUUUCAAAUAGAUGCAAUACCGGCUGAAUUGUAUAUCAAAUUGUAUGAUAUUAUCAAUGGUGGUGGGCAUCCGGAUGAUUUGUUUCCAUACUUUUUAAAUCACGCCAAAGAAAUAUUUCCACAUUUAAAUUGCAUGAACGAUUUGAAAAAAAUAUCGGAUUUAACAAAUCCUUCAACAUGGUAUCCGCAGGCUCGUAGUAAACCACGAAAAAUUAUCUUUCACGCCGGUCCUACCAAUUCAGGUAAAACGUAUCAUGCAAUGCAACGUUUCUUAGAAUCAAAAUCAGGAAUUUACUGUGGUCCACUGAAAUUAUUGGCAAUGGAAGUGUUUCAGAAAAGCAAUGAAAAGGGAACACCAUGCGAUUUAGUGACGGGAGAAGAAAAAAGAUUUGGUAAUGCAGACGGAUCAGAAGCAAAUCAUGUUGCAAUUACAGUUGAAAUGGCAUCAGUCGAACGAAAAUAUGACGUUGCUAUUAUUGACGAAAUACAGCAAUUAAAAGAUCCAGGCAGAGGAUGGGCAUGGACACGUGCUUUUUUAGGAAUAAAUGCUGACGAGGUUCAUGUAUGCGGUGAGGCUGGCACAAAAGAAUUACUGGAACGACUGUGCCUAACCACUGGCGAAUUCAUUGAGUACCAUCAUUAUGAUCGUUUGACACAGCUUACUAUCGAAGACAAAGCACUCGGUUCAUUGGAGAAUCUCGAACCAGGCGAUUGUAUUGUUUGUUUUAACAAAAAUGACAUAUACACUGUUUCACGUGACAUUGAACUACUCGGUAAGGAAGUGGCUGUGAUUUAUGGCAGUUUACCACCAAACACAAAAUUAGCUCAGGCAUCAAAGUUCAACGAUCCAAACAAUCCUUGUAAAAUUAUGGUGGCAACCGAUGCCAUCGGAAUGGGUUUAAAUUUGAGUAUUCGACGUAUAAUAUUUUAUUCAGUGGUUAAGUUACAACAAAAUGAAGAUGGUGAAAAAGAAAUCAGCAAAUUAUCUGUAUCGCAAGCAUUACAAAUAGCUGGUCGAGCUGGUCGAUAUGGAACACAAUGGGAAGAAGGAUAUGUGACGACGUUCAAACCAACUGAUUUACCAACGCUCAAGUAUUUACUGGCACAAGAACCUGAACCCAUCACACAAGCUGGUCUUCAUCCCACUGCCGAUCAAAUCGAAUUAUAUGCCUAUCACUUACCCAAUACAUCCCUUAAUAGUUUAAUGGAAAUCUUCACAUCGUUAAGCACAGUGAAUGAUGAUUUGUACUUCAUGUGCAAUACGGAUGAUUUUAAAGCCUUGGCAAAAAUGAUACAUCAUAUAUCGUUACCAUUACGUAGUCGAUAUAUAUAUUGUUGUGCGCCGAUUAAUCAAAAACAACCAUUUGUGUGUGCCAUGCUUACCAAGUUUGCAACUCAACAUAGUAAAUUUAUACCAAUUACAUAUGAAUAUGUUGCGCAUCAUUGUGCAUUGCCUGUAAAAUUUCCAAGAACGAUAGCUGAUUUGGUACAAUUGGAAAAUAUAUUCGAUGUUAUGGAUAUUUAUUUAUGGUUUAGUUAUCGUUUUACCGACAUGUAUCCGCAUGGUGAUCAAAUUCGUGCAGCUCAAGUACAAUUGGAUGAUUUAAUUCAACAAGGUGUUGCACAAAUUACGAAUCUAAUAAAACAGCACAUAACAACAAACAAUGACGCUCCAGAAAAUAUUGUUGUGUCAAAAAUGAGAGAUAACAAAUCAUUAAAAAAAGACUUACCACAUAAAGAAAAUCUUUCCACACAGUUAGUACGAAAAGGUGUGAUAUCACCGCUUAUGUUACUACAGCUGCGAGAAGAAAUUUUAAAGGGAGCCUCAAAAGAAAGUAAUGAGAAGAUAAAAACUCUUAUGCAUGAUUCAAGUCGUGCACUUAAAACUAAACCUAAGCACAAAAAGAAAUCGAAAACAAAAAAAUAAUGUACAAUAUUUGUUCGAAUAAAAAUUGUAGAUUCAUCACUGAGUGAGUGAUAUCAGAUAAACAAAAAAAAAUUGGAUGGUACCGUAUAUGCAUGGUAUCAUUUUUGUAUAAAGACCGAAUGAA